AUGAAUCUAUCGCUUGACAAAAUUAUUCUUCACUUGUUUGAGUUUUGGGGUUUGGUAUGCGUAAAAAUUACUACGGACGGAUCAGUAUUUUUAUAUAGGCCUUUUAUAUUUGGAAUUCUUUUGGUGUGGUUGACAUUUCCUAUUAUUUUUUAUGGGAUGAUGUUGGAAAUCAAUAUACCUAACAACAAGUGGAUGCCUACUACCACAGCUAUUGUAGUUAAUUUUAUUCACUAUGGUGCUAUUAUAUCAACAUCUUUAGUUAUUGUUGUAUUUGCUGCUUGGAAUUAUAGAACAAUUGGAAUGACGUAUUCCACAAUAGAAACUAUUGAAAACAAAUUGAACAUUCAUAACAGAUGUGUUAAGACGUCCAUAAUUUUCUUGAUUUCAAUAAUACUCUUGACAAUGCUUUGUAUUUGGGAUUUUUGGACUAGUUUUCAAAUAAAUCAGAUUUAUGUCUGGUAUAUAGCAUCUUAUAUUUAUAAAAUGUUAUUUAUAGUAUUUAUAUUUCAGUUACUACUGAUUACCAAUAGAAUAAAAGCUCUGUUUCGAGCCUUAAAUACACAGCUUAUAAAAACACUACAAUCAACAGCAAAGCAAUGUAUGCAUAAAAAUCUGCCUGCUGUUGAGAUAUUAUCAGCUUCUACUAAAAUAUAUGCAUCAGAAAUUAAAACUCUGCCUUCACUGUGUGACAUUCAUUGGGAUAUCUGUGAAGCUAUUGACCAUUUCAAUACAGCUUUCAAGAUACAAUUACAGUUUCAGUUUUUUACUAUGUUCAUACAAUUAGUAGACUGUCCUUAUUUCAUAUUUUUAACAUUAAAAGAAUCAAUGUCUUCAAGUUUACAUUUUCAGUUUAUAAUGGCAUCCCUUGGCUACACUAUAUUACAAGUAGCACAGAUUUUUGCUAUAGUUCUGCCAUGUGGUGCGGCAACAAAAACUGGGAAUGAAACAUCUUUCAUCCUUUGCAAGCAUUUACAUUCUGGCCUUCCAAUGGCUAUGAAAAAAAAUAUCAAAUCCUUCUUAACUCUGCUAGAAGUUCAUAGAACUGAUUUUCACUGUGGCAUUUUCAAACUGAAUGAAUCUGUGAUUUCAGCGGUGACAGGAAGUGUAACUACUUACCUUGUGAUUCUUAUUCAGUUUCAAAAUCAAGAUUUUGAUUCAUAA